ACUUCCUGUUCAACAGGAGCGUGGAAACUUGAAACGAACACAACCCCUUUGAAAAUGUCUGCAAGUUCGCCAAAAGAGAAAGAAAAGAAGAAGAAAAGGACAAUACGACCAGAAAUAAGUGCCCCAAAGAUCCAGGUAGCUAAAAAGCCGAAGAACGAGCUAUCGACUGGUCGUCAGUUCUCAGAAGAGGACGAAGUGGAGAAGAGAGAUCCACUGGAUGACUUAAAGGAACAUAAGCAAGCAUGCAGUGAGAUAAGGAAUUCCAUUAAAAGUAUAUCAGCAAUGAAGGACGCUGGUAAACCAGACACGGGAGAGGUGGAGGAGCUGCGUACACAGGGCACACUUCAGUUUCUUGUGCUCAAGAAACUCAACCGUUUGGCACACAUCCGCUGCAAGAAAGUGAGGGACAGCACCAAUGAGGCCAAACAGAAGAUAGACCAAUAUCACCUACAGUUACAGAACCUGCUGUAUGAAGUCAUGCAUUUGCAGAAGGAAAUUACAAAGUGUCUGGAGUUUAAGUCCAAAGAUGAAGAAAUAGACCUUGUCGGCGUGGAAGAUUUCUAUAAAGAGGCACCCCCAGAAAUAUCAAGACCGGAGGUAACCAAGAACGACCCACAUCAGCAGACCCUGGCCAGAUUGGAGUGGGAGCUAGAACAGAGAAAAAGGUUGUCUGCAAAUUUCAAGGAGACUCAAAAUAGCAAGAACUUGAUAUCCCAAGAUAUCAAAAGCAAGAAGGAAUACUUAGAGAGCUUACAGCCUAAACUUGUCUCUAUAAUGCAGGCCACCAAACCAGUGCAAGAGUCUCUGAACAUGAGAUUUGAUGAGAUCCAAGAGCAGCACCAGACUGCACAACAUCUUCCUCAGCCACUGUAUGUCCUGUACAUGCAGUCAUCAGCCUAUAAGGAAGCAUGUGAUAAGAAUAUGGCUGUCAGUAUAGAGGGAGAUGUUGAAGCAGCAAAAACAGUGGAAUCCCAACAAGACCAAGAGCAAGAUGAGGACAGUGACAGUGAUCAAGAGGAACAGGAACAGUCCAAGAGGAAAUCUAAGCAUCGCCGCCAUACUACCUCUAGUGACCGUCUGGAACAAAAGCGUGAAAAACUGCUGAAGAGCCACCCACUGACAGUGGUGCUGGAAAUCAAAUGUAAAGAGGAAGGAACCUUACACCUGGUGUUUUCCUACCUUCUUGUUUUGAAGAUUGUGACAGUUACUGUCAAGCUGUUGCCAGGAAAAGAUGUUGUUUCUGGCAACAUAUCUGGAAGUGACCUUCUUGCCCCAGAUUCAAUUCUAACAUGCCUGUACCCUGGGGAUGAGGGGAAGAGCACGCCAAAUCCAGCUAAUCAGUUUGAAUUGAAUAGACUCAGCAUGGACAGCUUCAGUUUUUACAUUUCAAAAGUUGGUCAUCCAUACUUGUGGGUGCAGUGGUUGUCUGGCCUUCAGUUCCUGACCGCCUCCCCCUUGACCAAUGACCAAGUGAGCAGUAGCCACAUGGAGGAGACCAUCCGCAGGCUGAGGAGAAGGGUAGCGUCCAGACUGUCCCUACAAAAACAGCUGGCUUCAUUAGAACAUGGCAGUGUUCCAGUGAGCUCGGAGUAUAUGAGUCUGUUUCCCCCUAAGAUUUCUAGCAGGCUGGUUUCCUGGAGACGCAGCACAUAUGAUGACUUUGCUGCUCUUCCUUACUGCAAGCAUUUGAUAGAUAGCUGUCUGGCCAAGGAUUCCGAUCUAUUCUUCACUACUUGUGCCGAGAGAGGAUCAGCUAAGCUUAAGGUGGAAGUAGUGGUCAGUCCAGACUACCCAAGAACUCCUCCAGUAAUGGCAGUGGUACUCCAGUGGAGGACGGAUCAUACCAAUCUCAAUGAUGUUAACAUCAGGGACAUGGAAGCAGAGGUGAACAUUCACUAUGGCGAGCUGAUCAAGGGGAAGUCACAUGACCAGCUGUUAACUAAUCAGAUUCAGAGGAUGUUGAUGUGCUUUGACCUGUUCCUGGAGACAGAAGCUGGUAAUGAGGCCAUGGAGGGCCCAGCGGAAUUCCCCAAGGAGAAGAUUUGUCCAAGGAUGACAAGGGGACCUAUUAGAAGCAAACCAUACAAAUACCUGCCUCAGAUGGGAAUUUUCACCCAACGAUAAGUAGAUAAGUACUCCACGAUGUUCUUCAGGAUUAGCUAGGCCAAGAGGCAGUAACAUUCUAAUUUGAUGGUGGUUUAGGCUCUAG